AUGUCUGUGCCCAACACCGUGUAUGUGUGUAUAAAGCAAUUCAACGCCCGUUUGGGAGACGAGUUGAGCCUAAAGGUCGGCGACAAGAUCGAGGUCUUGGCCGACGACUCCGAGUACAACGACGGCUGGUACAUGGGCCGUGAGCUCACCACCGGGGCCGUGGGAUUGUUUCCCAAGACUUUCACCAAGGUGUUUGUCCAGUCCGAUAAGCCCGGCUUGUUGCGGUCCCGGUCGCGCCGAGUGUUGACCAACGGCAGCAAUGCCUCCACCGCCUCGGUCAAUGUGAGUGCGCAGAGCGCCAACACCUCUUCCACGCCACACGUAGAUGUCCACCUGACGCUCGACGAGAUAAACAAGGCGCUCGACGAGUUCCACGUCUCGAAUAACAGCCAGGCAGACACCACUGGCUCCAGCAACGGCCACCAGCGCAACGUCUCCAACUCGCUGAUUUUAACACAGGACUUGAAUCCUUUGAAAGUCGUCGAUUGGACUCCUAAACAGGUCUCUUCCUACUUCGCGAUCGUGCUUGGUUUCGACAUGGACAUCGCAGGCAAGUUUGCCCGCCACAAAAUCACAGGAAAGAUUCUUCUCCAGCUCAACUUGGAGCUUCUAAAAGAAUUGGAGAUCGAGUCGUUCGGCACCAGAUUCGAAAUAAACAGGGAAAUCGACAACUUGAGACAAAUCGGCGGUCGCGUGGACUCCCACAAGCAGUCAAGAGAGCCCAGCAAGGCCGAACCUGCUGCGACGGAUAAUGACCAUGACCAAUCGUCUUCUCGUGCAUCUCCGCCCUACAACAACUCCGAUGAAGAGCCCCACACAAAUGCAACCAGUGCGCAGAGUAGUGGCACCAAAGAUGCUAGAAAAACAUCCGAACCAUACCUCCUUCCAUCUGCUCAUCUAAAAGGUGUGGAAGAGAAAUUGUCUCACUCAAGAAAUUCAUCUGGACUUGAUAAAGGCUCUCUUGGCCACCAAAGAACAAAAUCUCAAUCUAUGGAGAACCUUAGACUGCCCUCUCUUCAGAAAACCCCAAGACCCGAGAGCCCGUUGGCUGGAACUUUUAUGUCCCCACGCAAGGCACCUCAGCCACCUACCACAAGUCCUUUGAAUACUGAUUUCCGUUUUGGUGGCUCGCCGUUGACUCCUCAAACCAAUUUUAAUCCAUCGAACAGUCCUUACGUGACUAGAACCAUUGCUGCUUCAACCCAUAAUAUCAGUCGCCCUGCUUCCUCGAUCUACGAAAACACUGUCAUGUCACAUAGUAGGGUAUCAUCCGUCAACAAGGAUCAUCAUCGCAGACAUUCAUCUGUGUUCCUGUUUAUGUCUGGCAACAAUGACGAAAUGUCUCAAGAUAAGUACCAGAGAACAUUCAAGAACCCUGUGACACCUAAAAAGGAAAGCGUCUCUCUGAGGCCAAAUUUGAAACUCGAAACAAAAAAUACAGAUAGCGACGAAGCGGUUGAUAUCGACGAUGCCAAUUUCUCGCCAAAGAAGUCUUUGUCAAUGUCUGAGUCUAAAAGCGAAGAUAAGGAUGCAAUGGGACCUCGAAAAUUGAAGAGUUUGCGCUCUGUCUCAACUCAAAAUUUCCGGAACCUCACAGGACUGAAGAAACUGAAGACCUCUGCAUUUACAGAGGGAAUCCGAGAGAUAAACCCAGACGAUGCCAUCAAGACUUCAAAUUAUAGUGGAUGGAUGUCCAAAAAGUCGGGUGGAACCCUCGGAUGGAGAUCAAGAUAUUUCACGCUUCAUGGAACAAGAUUGUCGUACUUCACCUCAUUAAGAGAUAGAAAGGAGAAAGGUCUUAUCGACAUCACCGCACACAAAGUGAUUCCAGUCAGUACUGAGAGUGAAAUCAAUCCAAACGACAAAUACGUUGCGAUUUAUGCUUCGCUGACAGGCUUUGGCCGUUACUGUUUCAAGUUAGUUCCUCCAGCACCGGGAUUCAAAAAGGGUCUCACAUUCACCCAGCCAAAGACUCAUUUCUUUGCUGUCGAGACACAAGAGGAAAUGCGCGGAUGGAUGAAGGCACUCAUGACCGCCACUAUUGAUAUUGACGACUCUGUUCCAGUCGUCAGUAGUUGUAACACACCAACCGUGACUUUGGCAAAAGCGCAAGAAUUACUUGCCAAAGCCCGUGAAGAGACAAAAUUGAAGGAUGAAACCUUGAGAGCUAAGGGCUUUGGUAUUUUGUCUGAAGAAUCCUCGAAUUUGUACAAUGAAAGCGCCACCUCAGAGGAAUCCUCUCCCAUUGUGAGAUCUUUGGACGAAUCCACCAUUUCGUCCGCCACCAAUCCACUCAAGCUCACCAUCGAUACUCUGUUCAAGCCGCUGAAAGGUCCAGCAACACCUCGCGCGACGCUGAACACCAGUGGCUUUGCUUCCCCUUACCUCCUUGCUUCAGGCUUACUUUCGCCCAAGCAAAAUAGCACUCCGACGUUCGCUAAUGCAAGUUCUAAUGGUAGCACACCACAGCCGGUAACCAGACUCGACUACUUCUCGCCCGAAAACCCCUCCACGUCCAGUGACACCCACCUUGAAGUGGAUGAGCAGCCUAGAUCGCCAGCUCCUGGUCUGGAAUUGGCAUCGCGGAGCCUCAGUGCAAUCAAGAAGAAAGCAGGUGAUAAAAUGAUGGCCUACACCAGCGACGGGUCAUUUGUAAUCAAAUCAAAGAAAAAGUAA